AUUAUUCCCCCAAAACUUAUCUGACUUUCUUGUUCUUUAUUCUUAUAAAGAUCUACCCCUCAUGGCAUGUAGUCUUACCCUCAGAAACUCUCUCAAGACCUACCCACAUACCUUCUAGCCUUUCUCUUGCUAUUCUUUUCCUUCUCAAUAUGGCAAGUACCUUUACUCUCCUGGAUUCUGUGUUCCUUGUAGCAAACUUGAAAAAUGACAGCAUUAAAAUUUAACCUUCAUACCUUUUAGUCUACCCCUCUUAGAUUUUCUUGCUGCAUUUAUUCAAAGUCCUUCAAAGAACUGCAGCUUUCUUCCAAGUGUCACCUAUAGGAGACUUCCUGCCCUUCCACCUUCAGCCUUCAGCCAUUCUGCUCUGCUGUUCUGAGCCAAUAUUUCCAUGUAGCUAUAGCACCUUGGUCUAGAGGUAUCAGGGUAAAGCCUUGUUACUGAAGAGGCCACCUUCUGGUGGGAGCAUACCAACCCCACAAGCUUAUUUGCAGUAGUUUUUGUCUGAAGAAUUCUAACAAUGUUUUAAGAUUUACUGUAUUCAGAACCAACAACUUGCUUUCUUAAAAGUGUAGAUUCCUGGAUUCUACCCUAGAUCUAUUGAAUUAAGACUUUCUGAUGGGUAGACCCAAGAAAUCUUCAUCUUAACUUCCUUGCAACAAAGAUCUAAGACUGAAAGCUUCAGGGUUGAGUGAGUAUAAGGGAGUCACCUAAUGUGACACAGAUAUUUCUAGGGGAUUUGGCUGGGUCAUAGGAGAAACAGGUCAAGGAGACCUUCAUACUAGCUCCAAGAGGGUACAAGUCUGGCCUUUUAUCAAUCAAACCAGACCUAGAGGUCAGUCCCCUAGGCUGUCCUCUUCAGCUGCUUCAGGGCCUGACAAGCAGGUUCCUGACCCUAUCGUGUAUCUGUAAUUUGUCCUGGCCCUUUACAGAUUGCAAAGGGUCUGGAAUUCUAUCACUGCAAGAUAAUAACAAAAGCUCCUAGAAUCUCCUGGCCGCCCCCAUGUAGGGUGCUAAAGUAAGCAGCCAUUCAUUCUACAGCUCUGAUUGUUUUUCCCCAUGGAAAAAAGUGUGGGGGAGGGAAAUAUGGGAACACUUCUUCCAUUCAACUUUGCUGUGACCCUAAAACUGCUCUAAAAAUAAAGUAUAUUUUUAAAAAAAAUACAGAGGAGAUGCUGACUUCUGGAGACAGGAAAGUGGGAGUAUGACAGGAAACUGAAUAAUUUGGAUGGAGUAUUUAACACAUAUAGAACAAGAGUUGGGUAUGCCAGGAAUCCAUAUAGGUCCUUUACUGCAUAACUAGUUCCUAUUAUGGGCUGGCCAGUUUCCUGUAUUUUAUCAUUUUAUCAUCUAUACAAUUACAACAUCAACAUUUCUUGAUUCAUAGACCUGUGGCUCUGAGCCACCAACUGGUAACUGAGUGGUACAGCCAGAAAUGACAGGUCCCUCAGCGAAGCUCUACCCCUGCUGCCUCCCACUUCAUUUGUGUUGUAUCUCAGGAAGAGAGAUACAGCUUUCAAAGGGAGAAAUGAUGGCCUGACCUAAAAAUAGCUUCCUUUAUCAGGCACUUUGUCAGCUACACUAAGCACUUUAUAUAGAGAUUACCUCUUUUAAUCCUCACAAUAACCCUGUGGUUAUUAUUAUCUCCUUUUUACAAAUUAAGAAAGAGACUUAGACUGAGGACUGGGAAUACAGCUCAGUAGUAGAGCACUUAUUUAGCAUGCUGCAUUCAACCUCCAGCAUGAAAGGAAAGAGUCUGUGUGUUGUGAGUCUCAAGGUAGUUGGUCACAAAGCCCAUACAGCGUCCAGGUAGUCUUGCCUGCAGAGAGCAAACUCAGCCCACCACUGAAGACUACUUCCUUUCAAGGGGGAAGUUGCAAAGAAUGGGCAGAGAGGUUAAGGCAGGUCCUAAAAGUCAAAGAGACUUUACUCAAUGUGGGUGCAGCUAAAGGUGUGCCGUGAAUCAGUGGAUCUUGGGACCUUAUGGGAUGAGCCAGAGGUCUGGAGCUGAACUGUCACCCAAUCCUCUCAACAGAAGCCAGAGGUCCCUUUUGUAUGUUCUGUGCUCAAGUGCUCUCCUCCCUCCCCAGCUUUGUGAGGGGUGUCAUCUCUCUCCCAAGAUAACAGAGCCACCUCAGCCCUCCUCCUGUGACUAUUCUGGGCUGCUCUGUGAUCCUCCUCUCUUCCCCUAACCCAUACUUCACCCUUCUGCUGGGGCUAGGUAGGUGGAAAAAGGCCAGCCCACUUACAUAAGCAUGUGGCUAGGACCCCAGAGGCCAGUCUGCAUAGCAGGUGCUCAGCCCCUCCCUAGCACCAACAGUGAAAUCUGCUGGAGCCCAGCCUCUGGGUUGGCCCAGCAUGGAGUCAGCCACAGCUCCGGAGGUGGCCUUAGGCUCGAAGCUGAAGGUGAAAGAAGCCAGCCUAGCCGAUGCUGAAGGACCCCAGCCCUCACUUCGACAGGGGCCCUGUGGCUCUACUCCCCAGCUCCUGCUUCCUGUGGAAGAGCACCCCAAGAUUCGGCUACCUCGGUCCCUGAGGCAGACCUACAUUCGGAAGGUUGGAGACACUGUAAAUCUACUAAUCCCAUUCCAGUGUAAGCCCAAACCUCAAGUCACUUGGACACAUGAUGGAUGUGCCUUGGACACCAGUCGAGUGAGUGUGCGUAACGGGGAACAAGACUCCAUCCUCUUCAUCCGAGAAGCCCAACGUGCUGACUCAGGCCGCUACCAACUCUGUGUGCAGCUGGGUGAACUAGAGGCCACUACCACUGUUGACAUCCUGGUGAUAGAGAGGCCAGGCCCUCCUCGGAGUGUUAAGUUGGUGGACGUUUGGGGCUCCAAUGCUACCCUGGAGUGGACAGCUCCCCAAGAUACAGGGAAUACCGCACUCCUGGGAUACACAGUGCAGAAAGCUGACACAAAAUCUGGGCUGUGGUUCACUGUGCUGGAACAUUAUCACCGAACCAGCUGCGUUGUUUCUGACCUCAUUGUGGGCAACUCCUAUGCCUUUCGUGUCUUUGCUGAAAACCAGUGUGGACUCAGUGAAACAGCCUCUGUCACUGUUGACCUCGCCCACAUACAAAAGGCAGCUACUAUUUACAAGACCAAGCAAUUUGCUCAACGUGACUUCUCUGAAGCUCCAAAGUUUACCCAGCCUCUGGUAGACUGCACUACAGUCACCGGCUACCAUACCCAGCUCUUCUGCUGUGUCCGUGCCUUUCCCAAGCCCAAGAUCAUCUGGCUAAAGAACAAGAUCAAUAUCCAAGGCAACCCUAAGUACAGAGCCCUCAGUCACCUGGGAAUCUGCUCGCUGGAAAUUAGAAAGCCUGGUCCCUUUGAUGGAGGCAUCUACACUUGCAAAGCAAUCAAUGCCCUGGGAGAGGCAUCUGUAGACUGCCGGGUGGAUGUGAAAGCUCCUUAUUGAGACAACCUACAAGUACACGGUACCUGAGAAGGGUCUCCAGGAAACCUGACUGGGACAAGACUGUAUUCUUGAGCACUUUAGCACAGUGUCUGGUUCAGAGUAAUCUAAAUAAAUGUGCGGCUCCUCAAUAGACAAGUGUUCUAUUUGAGAAUUUCCAUAUGGGAAAAACAUUUAGAAAGUUGGAAUCCUUUGGCCAAACUGUGUGAAGUUCCAGUACCCUAAGGCUCUUCUUUCUCUCCCCAUAUCCACAUUCUCUUCCACAGAGGUCUCUAACACUGUCCUUUUAGACAGUGUAUGGCAGAACCGAAUUCCACUCUAUACAGUAAGACAGGCUGGAAAGAGGAGAAAAUUACUUGCUGUCUUCCUCUGUAGGCUUUCCACUGUAAACUGGAUUAGCAGGGUACACAUCCACCACAAAGUAGCAAACAGCAAAA